AUGGAGUUGGAUAAAAAUAUAUUUACCCGGUGCUUAGAGCUGGAAAGUCAAAACAAACAAUUGAUUUUAUAUCAGCAAGAGAUUGGCGACGUUAACUGUGUCGUGUGGGAUGCUGCAAUUGUUUUAACAAAAUACUUGGAUCAUUUAUCUAGCUCAAAUGAUCAAUGGCUUACUGGAAAAAAAGUUUUGGAACUCGGUGCUGGAAUCGGUUGUGUAGGAAUGACAGCCGCUUGUCUUGGGUCUGACGUGAUUAUGACUGAUUUAGAGAGCACCAUACCAAUUUUAAAUUACAAUAUUUCUAAGAACGAAACUCUGUGGGAUAAAGAUGGUAAAGGGUCUGCUAAAGCUCAAGUUAUGGAAUGGAAAAAUGAUAUUGAGUUUGAUUUUUCACCUGAUAUUAUUUUAGUUGCUGACUGUGUAUAUUAUUCGGAGUCAAUAGAUCCGCUGAUUAAAACAUUAGAAUAUUUUUGUAAAAAAAAUGAAAAAACUUACGUUAUUAUGUCGCAAGAAGAAAGGGAUACUCCUGGACAAAUACCGGUGUGGCAACAAUUUCUUGAACAAGUCAAAAAAGUUUUUAAAUUGGAGUAUAUACCACGCUCUGAACAGCAUCCACUGUAUUCUUCUGAAGAUAUUCAUUUAAUAAAAAUGACUAUUCUUUGA